UUCUGGACUACGUUCUUAUUUUUUAAACAUUUUUAUGUUCGAAUGCCAGCGGUGUACCUAAGGAAUUGUUGGCCUUUAAGGAAAUAGAAGUUGAUAGUUUCCACAAUGUUUUUGAAAAUGUUUUUCAAAAGACAAAAAUGAGCACAAGUAUUCUGAGAUUUUUACAUUCUUGAUGAAAGUAUUUCAGUGAACAUUUCUCUUGAAAUGGAAGUUGAAAUUUUCUCAAGCAUUUUGGCAAUACUCUAGUAGUUGUUUUAAGAAUGAUUAGUGGGGCUCUUCGCUGGCUCAGUUGGUAGAGCAUGCCACUCUUGACUUAGGUUGGUCAGUUCAAGCCCCAUAGUUGGGGUAGAGUUUUCUCAAGAAUGAAUAGUGGUGGUUCACUUAUACAUCAUUCACCAAUGUCAAUUGUAACAUCUAGAUGAAAAAGUGCUUACAUGAGAUUCUUGAAAUGUUUACCAUUAUUUUGACAGUUCACUAAAGAGUUUGGGCUGAAUUGCCACUAUUUUUCUGGAAGUUUGGAACUGGGUGGAAUAUAAUCUUAUGUAAAUUUUAUCACUGGAAGUAUUUGAAGGAAUUUUGAGGAUUCCAGUCAUUGCAUCUGGGUGAACUAUGCUGUUAAGACACCUGACUUAAGAGGUAAUUUAGCAGUUGUAUGAAUUCAGUUUUUUGUUUUAUUGAAGUAUGGUUGACAGUGUUGCGUUAGUUUCAGGUGUACAACAUAGUGAUUCCACAAGUCUGUUAUGUUCAGUAAUGUUUGAAUAUCUUCCAAUAGCAGUAUCCAAAGUAUUUUUUUUUUUAAUUAUUUAUUUUAUAGAGACCUAGCCAGAGAGGGAACACAUGCAGGGGGAGUGGGGGAGGAGAAGCAGGCUUCUCGAGCAGGGAGCCCGAUGUGGGGUUUGAUCCCAGAACCCUGGGAUCAUGACCUGAGCGGAAGGCAGACGCUUAAGACCCUUAACGACUGAGCCACCCAGGCAUCCCAAAGUAUUUUCUCAAUCCUAGUGUCUCUGAAGUUGGUACUAUUUCUAUAUUCAAGAAAAUAUGCACAGAACAAUUUCAUGGAGAUCAUUUGUUGCAAAGCUAGAGCUUGGAUUUGUAUAGUCUGUUCUUAACUAAUUUGUACCUACAGGGGCGUUUAGGUGGCUCAGUCGUUAAGCGUCUUCCUUCAGCUGGGAUCGAGCCUGGGAUCCGGCUCCUUGCUUGGCGGGAAGUCUGCUCCCUCUCCCACUCCCCCUGCUUGUGUUCCCUCUGUCGCUGUGUCUCUCUCUGUCAAAAAAAUCUUUAAAAAAACUGAUUUGUACCUACAGUACAAUAAAUUGGGAACUGUCCAAGAGCGAUCUCAUCCAUUUUUUUUUUUUUUUUAAGAUUUUAUUUAUUUGGCAGAGACACAGCGACCGAGGGAACACAAGCAGGGGGAGUGAGAGAGGGAGAAGCAGGCUUCCCGCAGAGGAGGGAGCCUGAUGCGGGGCUAGAUCCCAGGACCCUGGGAUCGUGACCUGAGCUGAGGGCAGAUGCUUAACGACUGAGCCACCCACGUGCCCCGAUCUCAUCCAUCUUGACCUGGAUCUUAGGGUACUGUGCAUGCAGUCAUGUGCUUAUUGGGUGAAUAUUGUGAUAAUUACAACAGCCUUGUGGAUAUUUAAGCUGUAGGGGGUCAAUGGCUCCUUUCUCUGUUUCUCCAUAAGAGCAGGUAGGUGGGCUGAACACAUUUGUUCACACCAUCAUAGGCGUUCGGUGUCUAGUGGUGGACAGUUCGUAAAUUUAAAAAGCUCAGUGUAUGUGGGGGUGUGGUUCAAAAGCACCAAACACCUUUAGUAAAAUACAGUGCUGUGAGAAUAGUGGGGCUACCAAAUUGGAUGGUCAUGGAUAGGCUCUGAAGAAUUCCGUUCAGCUGAUCCCUGCAGAUUGAAGAGAGCUGUACCUCAGAUUAAGCUCAAAGCCAAAUCCAGUGGCGGGUGAAGGGACUGGUCACCGGUGGAAGUAGGGCUCCAGGCGUGGAUGGGGGAAGCUGGGGCUCACUACGCCUGCGCGCUGGGGCUCACUACGCCUGCGCACUGGGGCUCAGUGCGUCUGCGCGCCGUGCUCGGGCCUUUUUCCGCGACGCUUCUGUACUUCAGGUCGGUGAAGGCGCGCUCAGCAAUCUCAGAUUUCUGCCUGGGAAGAUUUGUGAGGAUGCUGAGGCCUGAGGUCUUACCAGUCUCGCCUUCCGUCCCUGCGGCUUCCCCCUCAUUGGGAGAGGCUCGGUCUCAGGGUCCUCGCUAUAAUUUCGGACUCCAGGAGACUCCCGAGAGCCGCCCUUCAGCGCAGGCCUCUGCGUCCACGCCUUCUGGCACAUCUGGAGCCGCCGGCGACCGGAGCAGCAGCACGAGUCUCCCUCGCCACCCGCCUCGCGCCGGUCCAGCCCAAGGUUCAUACUUUGGAAACAAAAGAUCUAAUGCAGAAAACCCAUUUGCAUCAAAUUUUACUUUUGGUACAAGCUCGGCUUCUGCACAAGAUAGUAAUUAUCCUCAAAUACUGAAAACUCCAUUGCCUACUGGAAAUCCCCAGAGAUCAGGUUAUAAAAGUUGGACACCACAAAUGGGAUAUUCAGCUACAUCGUCAUCUGCAGUUUCAACACACUCCCCAUCAGUUAUUGUAGCUGUUGUAGAAGGUAGAGGACUUGCCAGAGGUGAAAUAGGAAUGGCAAGUAUUGAUUUAAAAAGCCCACAAAUUAUAUUAUCUCAGUUUGCAGACAAUACAACAUAUGCGAAGGUGAUUACUAAACUCAAAAUUUUAUCACCUUUGGAAAUAAUAAUGUCAAAUACUGCUUGUGUUGUGGGGAAUUCAACUAAGUUGUUUACUCUGAUCACAGAAAAUUUCAAGAAUGUUAAUUUUACUACUAUCCAAAGGAAAUACUUCAAUGAAACAAAAGGACUAGAGUACAUUGAACAGUUAUGCAUAACAGAAUUCAGCACUGUCCUAAUGGAGGUUCAGUCCAAGUAUUACUGCCUUGCAGCUGUUGCAGCUUUAUUAAAAUAUGUAGAAUUUAUUCAAAAUUCAGUUUAUGCACCAAAAUCGCUGAAGAUUUGUUUCCAGGGUAGUGAACAGACAGCCAUGAUAGAUUCAUCAUCAGCCCAAAACCUUGAAUUACUAAUUAAUAAUCAAGACUGUAGGAAUAAUCACACACUCUUUGGUGUUCUAAAUUAUACUAAGACUCCUGGAGGAAGUAGAAGACUUCGUUCUAAUAUAUUAGAACCUCUAGUUGAUAUUGAAACCAUUAACAUGAGAUUAGAUUGUGUUCAAGAACUACUUCAAGAUGAGGAGCUCUUUUUUGGACUUCAGUCAGUUAUAUCAAGAUUUCUUGAUACAGAGCAGCUUCUUUCUGUUUUAGUCCAAAUUCCAAAGCAAGACACGGUUAAUGCAGCUGAAUCAAAGAUAACAAAUUUAAUAUACCUAAAGCAUACCUUGGAACUUGUGGAUCCUUUAAAGAUUGCUUUGAGGAACUGUAGCACACCUUUAUUAAGAGCUUACUGUGGUUCAUUGGAAGAUAAGAGGUUUGGAAUCAUACUUGAAAAGAUUAAAACCAUAAUUAAUGAUGAUGCAAGAUACAUGAAAGGAUGCCUGAACAUGAGGACUCAGAAGUGCUAUGCAGUGAGAUCCAACAUAAAUGAAUUUCUUGACAUAGCUAGAAGAACAUAUACAGAGAUUGUAGAUGACAUAGCGGGAAUGAUAUCGCAGCUCGCAGAAAAAUACAGUCUUCCUUUAAGGACAAGUUUUAGCUCUGCUCGAGGAUUUUUCAUCCAGAUGACUACUGAUUGUACAGCCUUACCCAAUAAUCAACUUCCUUCAGAAUUUAUUAAGAUAUCUAAAGUGAAAAGUUCGUACACCUUUACAUCAGCAGACUUAAUUAAAAUGAAUGAAAGAUGUCAAGAAUCUUUGAGAGAAAUCUAUCACAUGACUUAUAUGAUAGUGUGCAAACUGCUUAGUGAGAUUUAUGAACAUAUUCAUUGCUUAUAUAAACUAUCUGACACUGUCUCAAUGCUGGAUAUGCUCCUGUCAUUUGCUCAUGCCUGCACUCUUUCUGACUAUGUUCGGCCAGAAUUUACUGAUACUUUAGCAAUCAAACAGGGAUGGCAUCCCAUUCUUGAAAAAAUAUCUGUGGAAAAACCUAUUGCCAACAAUACCUAUAUUACAGAAGGAAGUAAUUUUUUGAUCAUAACUGGACCUAAUAUGAGUGGGAAAUCCACGUAUUUAAAACAGAUUGCUCUUUGUCAGAUUAUGGCCCAGAUUGGAUCAUAUGUUCCAGCAGAAUAUUCUUCCUUUAGAAUUGCUGAACAGAUAUUUACAAGAAUCAGUACUGACGAUGAUAUUGAAACAAAUUCAUCAACAUUCAUGAAGGAAAUGAAAGAGAUAGCUUACAUUCUACAUAAUGCUAAUAACAAAUCACUCAUACUAAUUGAUGAACUUGGCAGAGGUACUAAUACAGAAGAAGGUAUUGGCAUUUGUUAUGCUGUUUGUGAAUAUCUGCUGAGCUUAAAGGCAUUUACACUGUUUGCUACACAUUUCCUGGAACUAUGUCAUAUAGAGGUCCUGUAUCCUAAUGUAGAAAAUAUGCAUUUUGAAGUUCAGCAUGUAAAGAACACUUCAAGAAAUAAAGAAGCAAUCUUGUAUACCUACAAAAUUUGUAAGGGACUCACAGAAGAAAAAAAUUAUGGAUUAAAAGCUGCAGAAGUGUCAUCACUCCCACCAUCAAUUGUCUUGGAUGCCAAAGAAAUCACAACUCAAAUUACCAGACAAGUUUUGCAAAACCAAAGGAGUACCCCUGAGAUGGAAAGACAGAGAGCUGUGUACCGUCUAGCUACUAGGCUUGUUCAAACUGCUCGAAACUCUAAAUUGGAUCCAGACAGUUUACGAAUGUAUUUAAGUAAUCUCAAAAAGAAGUAUGAAACAGAUUUUUCCAGGGCUGAACAAGUUUCAGGAAAGACCAAAGAAUAAUAACAAUUCACAUCAUGUACUAAUAAAAUAAUGUAUCUUAAUAUGGGGAAACUAGAAUUCAUUUUUCCUAAGAGCAAAAGAAAAUAUUUGCUAAAUUUUAUGUCUUAAUGGAAAAUUGCAUUAUACUAACCUCAGAAUUACCAUCUAUAUAUUGUCUAUAAGAAAAUAUUUGUUAUAACUUAACAUAUGAAAACCCUUGAAAGGA